CCUGGCUUAGGUGCAGGGAAGAGGAUCACCGAGCCCCACGUGGCACACAGCUGUGGCCCUGGCACGCUGCUCCUGCUCGUGGUGCUGCCAGAAGUGGUUGCAGAUGACAAUCUGCCUGCACUGCUGAAUCCCUGCUGCUACUUCCCCUGCCAGCACCAAGGGGUGUGCGUGAGGGUCGGCCUGGGAGGGUACGAGUGCGACUGCACGCGGACGGGAUACUUCGGGGACAACUGCACCUCCCCUGAGCUCUGGACGCGCCUCCGCAACCUGCUGAAGCCCAGUCCUGCCUUCUACCACUUCAUCCUGACCAAGCUGUGUUGGGAUAUCAUCAACAGCACCUGCAUCAGGGACCUGCUCAUGAGGCUCGUGCUCACAGUUCGUGCCAAUCUCAUCCCCAGUCCCCCCACCUUUAACUCUGACUAUGGCUACAUCAGCUGGGAGGCCUAUGCCAACGUCAGCUACUACACCCGCAUCCUCCCGCCCGUGCCAGAAGACUGCCCAGCGCCCAUGGGGACCAAAGGGAAGCAGCAGCUCCCUGACCCCCAGCUCCUGGCAGAGAGGUUCUUGCUACGGCGGAGGUUUGAAGCUGAUCCUCAAGGCACCAACCUGAUGUUUGCCUUCUUCGCCCAGCAUUUUACCCACCAGUUCUUCAAGACAUCUGGGAAGAUGGGACGCGGCUUCACCAAGGCGCUGGGGCACGGGGUGGACCUCGGGCACUUGUAUGGGGACAACCUGUCGCGGCAACACCAGCUGCGUCUCUUCAGGGAUGGGAAGCUGAAAUUCCAGGUGGUGGAUGGAGAGGUGUACCCCCCCACCGUCACCGAUGCCCCGGUUCACAUGGUCUACCCACCUACUGUCCCCAAGGAGAAGCAGCUGGCGAUAGGGCAGGAGGUGUUCGGGCUGCUGCCGGGGCUCUGCAUGUACGCCACACUCUGGCUGCGUGAGCACAACCGUGUCUGUGACAUACUGAAACGGGAGCAUCCCACCUGGAGCGAUGAGCAGCUCUUCCAGACAGCUCGUCUCAUCCUCAUCGGAGAGACCAUUAAGAUCAUCAUUGAAGACUAUGUCCAGCAUCUCAGUGGGUACUACCUGAGCCUCAAGUUUGACCCCGAGCUGCUCUUUGGGACACAGUUCCAGUACCGGAAUCGCAUCGCAGUGGAAUUCAACCAGCUCUAUCACUGGCACGGGUUGAUGCCUGACUCCUUCGUCAUCCAGGGGGAAGAGUACAGCUACGAGCAGUUCCUCUACAACACCUCCAUGCUGCUGGACUAUGGCGUGGAGGCAUUGGUGGAGUCCUUUUCCAAGCAAAUUGCAGGAAGGAUCGGUGGGGGACAAACUAUCAAUGCCAAUGUCUUGAAAGUGGCCGUUGGGGUCAUCAAGGAAUCCCGGCAGCUGCGGGGUUUGAGGUUUGGCAUGAAGCCCUACAAGUCCUUUCAGGAGCUCACAGGAGAGGAAGAGAAAGCGGCAGAACUGGAAGAGCUGUAUGGAGACAUUGACGCUCUGGAGUUCUAUCCAGGCUUGCUGCUUGAGAAACCCCAACCCAAUGGUAUUUUUGGGGAAAGCAUGGUGGAGAUUGGAGCUCCAUUUUCCCUGAAGGGGCUUCUUGGAAACCCAAUCUGCUCCCCAGAGUACUGGAAACCCAGUACAUUUGGCGGAGCAACUGGCUUUGAGAUAGUUAAGACAGCAUCGCUCAAGAAACUCGUGUGCCUCAACGUGAAGAAGUGCCCCUACGUUUCCUUUCGUGUGCCAGAUGCUGUGGAAAGUGGCAGCCCUCAGGACGGUGGACAUUCUACUGAGCUCUAG